GGACGGCAAGAAAGCGAUAGGUGGUAUCUUCCACGAUGAAGGGUAUAAAGAGGAAGACCGGAGCGUCGUAUCUUCCCCUCCAUUCUUUCCCUCUUCUUCUUCUACUCCCGCGAUGCCAACGGCGUAAAGCAUACGAGGAUGAAUGAUGAGUGAGGCUCAUACGCCUAGUACUCGUUCCACAAAUUCUACCUCGACAAUUAUACGUACGCCUACAUCUCCUUCAAGAACUUCAUGUGUUGGGACGACGACGGACGCUGGGAAUGGGAAGAAACUCAAGAAAUCGCCGGGCGUUGGACCAGGUUCUGGUCCUCGAGGACGUACUCCCUCCAACAAUGUACCUCCUGCUGAACUUGCACAACGUAGAAGAAGCGCGAGUGGGGAUUAUGGGGAACUUAGUGUACGGAGUCGAAAUGUGCCGAGACCGAGGUCGAGAGCAGAGGAGUGGGUCGAAGGGCAGGGACCACACGAGCAGCACCAACGUGAAGCGUCAGCAAUGGAGACGAAGGAGGAGGAAAACUCUGCGCUCACAAAAAAGACCAGUGCGAAGCGGCGAAAAUCGGAUAAGCGGAGAUCGUUGCCGGUUUCUUCAGCAACAUCAUCAUCGCCUUCUCCUCCCUCAUCUUCCUCACCUCUUCCUUCGAAACCACCUCGAGCUCCACCAGCAGGUGACGCGCCAAAAAAAUCGAUGUCGGUUUCUGUAUUGAGAACCUCGUCUAUCCGAAACGCCACUAGUGCACCUACUAGUUCGUCGAUGUCAACGUCGACGACAACUACAAAACAGACAAAAAAUCAGUCCUCGAAUACGAAAUCCGAUCGGAGAUCUAGUGCGCCGCCUGUAGGCGGUAGUACCAAUGGCCAUGGAAGACCUGCAGAACCGAGCGGUGGUACUAGCUUGAUGUCCAUCGUGGAAGACGUGGCGAAGGUGAACAGAGAGGGAUGGGGCAAAGUAGAGAAAGAGAAAGAAAAUAUAGGAGCGGGUUCUGGUCUGGGUAUUGGGCUGCGAGUUCGAGAAGAGGAAGAAGAAGGCGCGAAUAUGUCAUUCUCGAAGAGGAAACAGCCGACAAGUAUCGCGUUGGAGGAUGUCAGAGCGCCCAGAGGUAUUGAUCUCGAGGAUUUGAAGGAACAGAUGGAGAGGGAGAGGGCAGAGAAGCUAGAAAAACGGGGUCAUGUUCUAUCUCAAUCUCCAUCUACAGGUAGACCUCAUUCUGGUAGUGCUUUAGCUGCGAUAUCUAGACGACCCACACGCAGUGUACGUGAUACGUCUCAUUUGGAUCUUGGACCGACGACGCCUGCGUUAGCACCUCUGGCUGACAUCCCGGUCGUCAAUAACACCCAAACCCGAAUACCAGGAAACGCCCAGAAUGAACACAUGCGGUAUAACCCUGGACAGGUGGUGCUACCUCUACAAAGUGCGUUGAAGAAUUCCAGUCAAACACCGUCACCGAUGUUACCGCAGUCGCACUUGCAGCCGCCUCCUCAAUCUCAACAAACUUCACCCAAAGGAUCUCAGAUGGGCUCCAGCAUGUCUACGGCAAGUUCCUAAGGAGCUAGCAUUGAACUUCCUCGUCAACACAACCCGCAGCAUCAAUCUCCAAGAACAGCAUCUUCGCUUGCAGUACCUACAAUUACAUCUAAGAGAGAUGUGAAGGGAAAAGGCCAAGAAAUGAUUGAUGGGUUUACUGAUUCCGGCGCUAUCGCCAUUAUUGGAUCUACUGGAGCUGAUUCUAUCCCUUCCCCACCUCCUUCGAAUCUUUCUACUGGAACUUCAUCGCCUCCUCGUCCUAUCUCGUAUUCUCUCCCUACCUGAGUCUUGCUCCCCCUGCUCUCGACCCUCCUUGGUCCAUUCCACCUAU